UACCGAGGGUGUACUAUCGUUCUUCCUGUUUGCAUCUCACAAAGCUCUAUCUCGAGAUCGGAACUGGUCUUUGAUGGCCUAGCACAGGUGAACCAGGCCCUCGGAUUGGCGCACGCGCUUUGAACUGCCGACGACUAUAUGCGAAACCUUUGCCAGACCAUCUAACGAAUCUACCCCAAAUACUUGAAGAGAUAAAAGGACUACGCCAGUUGGGUGUCAAAUUUGACAGGCUUUACGAAUCGGGGAAUUUGGCUUCAGCAAGAUUUCACGAUGUCCUUUGGUGACAACUACUGGCCUCAUCUGAGCUCCCUUACCCUUCGAGGAAUGGAUACGUCUAAGGAAUUCAUACUCCAGUUUCUUAGGAGUCACCGAAGUUGUCUCAGAGACUUGCAGCUAAGCCAUAUGCAGCUUUGGAACAAAGCUUCAUGGCUCCAUUUGAUUCCUCAUCUGCGAAACAUGCUCAGCCUACUGACGGCGUGCAUCAAAAACAUCAGUACAAGACGUGGCGAUGGACAAGGAGGGAUAGGAGAUUGGGCACAUCGAGUUUAUGACCAUUCCGAUGAUUCUAAGAGUUGGACGAUUGGAUACUGGGUUGUCAAUAAUGAUACGGAAGAGAAGGCACUCGCAAAGUACAUGGUCGAUGGUGGAGUCCUCCCUGUGCUUAACAAUAACUUGUAUGGUCUGGGUCCAGAUUGAAAAGGGUCUCAUUCGUGUGACUGUCUUUGGCCACUACAACCACAAAUCAUAGGACAUAUCACCACG